AUGAACACACAAGCCUGUGACCGCUGCCGGCGUCGCAAGUCCCGUUGCGACAAGAUCUCACCCUCAUGUGGGCCCUGCCGAAAAGUCGGCACAAUAUGCAAGUAUAUCGACCGGGCGAAAGACCGACGGGAGUUGGUCGAGAGGCUCCAGCGUCAGCUGAAGCAGGCCGAGGCCAAUAAUUCUAGUUUGGCUGCUCGACUGGCGCACUCGGAGUUAGGAUCAUCACCCCAGACGGAGGUCGGACGGGCGUCCGAACCGAGCGCGGAUCCUGAUGUUGGUCAAUCUGCCGAAGAGGGAGAAGAAGAAAGAGACCGCGGAGAUGAGGUUAUGGAGGAGGUAUCGUUCCUCUCGCGCCGUGCGGGAGGAGAGCAUCAUUUCCUCGGCUCGGCUAGUGGGAUACCUUUUGCGAAUUUAGUCAGUACGACUGUUGAAGUGACAUCUAGGACUCCUCAGAAAGAGAGUCAAAGACUGCCGUCUAGGCCUAAUGGUGGCCCAUCGGCUCCGACAUCUUCGGCUCUCCCGUUUGAUGCCUCUUUCCUUCCUCCGGAGAGGGUUGCUCGCGACCUUCACCGCGCAUACUUUGAGAAUGAUCAUCUUUCAUACCCCUUUCUUCACCGAGAGGCUGCACUGGAUGCGUUGAACAAGGCCUACAAGGACCCAUCAUGUCUGGAACAAGAUGUGUUUGCAGGAUUUGCCUUCGAUAUGAUAUUAGCCAUCGCAACUGCGAGCGUGCACAAAUUCGACUUGGAAUCAUUGCCCAACGCUGAAGGCUAUCAGCUAAGGGCAGCACAGCGGCUAAACGAGGUCCUACAAAGAGGCAAUAUCCAGGCUCUCCAAGCUAUUCUAUUGCUGGGACAAUAUCGCAUGAUCAAUUCUAUCCAGGAUACCUCAAGCAAGCACAAAAAGGGAAUGUGGAGAGUAUCUCUUCACAGCAACUUGUGGCACAUGAAGUACGUCGCCGUUGCUUUUGGGUCGUGA